AUGGAGUUAUUAUUUUCAUGGAUAAGCUAUGCUAAAAAGGAGGCGAAACUGGUGCUAUAUUUUGAUGUGUUAUUCAAGAUCGGGGUUUUGAUCAUAACUAUAAUCGGUGUUUCAAUGCAAUUUACCUACAUUAUGUCAGUUGGAGGAUUCGAUAAAGCUCCUCAACUUUUUGUCUAUGGAUUUUGUUUUGGGCUAUAUAUCGUGAAAGUUUAUGCAUGCGUUUUUGUCAAAUAUCUGGUGACGGUUUGCUAUGAUUACUGUAAGAGACAGGAGGGAGAUGGUUCGGAUUUGAUUUCGGAUGUUUGA